AUGGAGAAUAAAAUGCACCACAUGCAGGGAAAUUACUCCCUAAAUCAAAAUGUGCAACUUUUACAGUUUCAAACUGAGAAGUUCAGACAACUGUGGACUAAGGGCAGUCAGUGUUUUGAAGAGCUUAAGCAUUACUACAUUCAGCUCAAUGAAGAGUGGCAAACCCAGUGGCUUCUCCGGGAGGAAACUAUAGGAUCCUACCAGAGGCACCUCGAGGUGGACUACAUCAAACUGUUAGAGGAAUACGCCAAACUGUACAACACACGUGAGGCAAACGAGAGGGUUUUAUUGAAAACAAACGCCGCACUGCACAAAUGUAACUUAGAGCUCAAGCAGUACCACAUUCAGCUCAACGAAGUGUGGCACAACCGGUGGAUGAAGCGGGAGAAAAGCAUCGCCUCGCAGCUGAGAUUCCUUGAGGCGGACAACAGAACGCUCAUGCUGGAAAACGCAGAGCGGUCUCACACGAUGAAGGUCAACGAGAAGAUGUUUCUGAAGACCAAGGCCGAACUCUACAAAACCAGUUUAGAGCUGGAGAGAUUAAAAGCUGCCAAAGACUACCUCUCGCUAGAAAUGACCGAAAAGGAGGCGCGAUGGAAACGAGAGAGAGAGCAGCUGCUCAUAGAAAGGCAGGACUUGCUGGAGGAAGUGAGGCAGUGCGGGAACCUGAUCCAGCGCAUGGAGAUUGCCGUCAAAAUGAUGGAGGACGGGAAGGUGCUGAAAAAGGGGGACAACAGAGGUAAAACCAAGAAAAAAGAGUAUGUCGAGCAGGAGGAGGAAGGGGAAGGAGGUCUCGAGGAGCUUGUGAGAAACACUGAGGACACAGAGGAAGAAGUUGCCAAGGAGCUUGUGAGGGACACCGAGGAGAAAGAGGAAGGUGUUGAGGAGGUAUUGAAGGACACUGAGGAGAAAGAGGAAGAGGGUGUCAAGGAGGUAGUGAGGGGCACGGAGGGAGUGGAAGGGAGUGACGAGGAAGGAAGUGUUGAGGAGAAAGGGAAUGAUGAUGAGAUCUGUGCGGACAUCAAUGGCCAGUGGGAAGACUUUGAUGAUGACGAGUGGCUGGAUUGUGAUAAGGAGGAGGAAGGGGAAGAGGUGGAGGAAGAAGGAGAAGAGGAUGAGGAGGAAGGAGGGGGGGAGAAUGACAGAGAAGAAGAGGAAAACGGUGACCAAGCGGAAGUCGAUUUCCAAGAAGAAGAGGAAGGUGACCAAGAGGAAGAAGGCGACCAAGUCAUAGGGGAAGAGGAUGGUGAGGAUGAAGCAAAAGAGGAUGAUGGGGAAGGAGGAGAAGAGAAUUAUCUGGAGGAAGGUCAAGAAGAAGAGGAAGAAAGCGACAAAGAGGAAGUGGAUUACCAAGAGGAAAAAGGUGACCUAGAGGAAAGCCGAGAAGAGGAAGAAGGUGACACAGAAGAAUUAGAAGAUGACCAAGAAGAAGGUGACCAAGACAAGGGUGAAAAAGAUGAGGAAGAAGGUGGUCAUGGGCAAUGGGAAGAUCUUGAGAAAUUGGAAAGCCAAGAUGAAGGGGAAGAGGAAGGCCAAGAAGAAGAGGAGGAAGGUGACCAAGAUGAAGUGGAUUACCAAGACGAAGAUGCAGAGGAAGAGGAUGAAAAUGACCAAGAGGAAGUGGAAGAUUAUGAGCAAGAGGGAGGCCAAGAAGGAGAGGAAGAACGUGACCAAGAAUUUGAGGACUGGUGGCAGGACAUUGUAAACAAAACACACAAUGAUGAACAUGACCAAGAAUUUGAGGACUGGUGGCAGGGCAUCAUGAGCAAAACAGAACAAGCAAGUGACCUGGAAGGGGAAGAAUAUGAGCAAGAGGAAGACGAAGGCAACCAAGAGGAAAAAGAUUAUGAGCAAGAGGAAAGCCAUGAGGAAGGGAAAGAUCAAGGCCAAGAAGAAGAGGAAGAAAGUGACCAAGAGGAUUAUGUGGAAGAGGAAGGGGAAGAAGAAAGGGAUGAUGGUGACCAAGAGGAAGAGGAAGAGAAAGAGGGUGACCAAGCAGGGGAAAAGAAUGAUCAAGAGGAAAUGGAAGAAGGUGACCAAGAGGGGCAGGAUAACGAGAAAGAGGAAGGGGAAGAGGAAGAGGGUGACCAACAGGAAAUGAAGAGGAUGGCCAAUAGGAAGGCCAAAAGGACCAAGACAACAAUGAUGAAAGUGGGGAAGAUAGUAACAAGGUGGAAGGGAAGGAAAAGGGUGCCAAGGAGGAGGUAA